AACUUGCUCUCUAGACACGCCAUCUCUCUCUCCCUCUCCUCGUCACUUGCGUCCCCUUCCUCUCCAUCUUUCUAGACACUCCGAUGCACUCACCGCACUAAUGAACCGUCAGGUGCUCUUCCAGCAAAAAGAAGACCCGACGUCCGUGUUGGAUGACAAAAUCCCAUCCACGGAAAUCUACCAGUGCGCCAACUGCCUGAAAAUCAUAGGUGACUCCUCCAGCACCGCCCUGUCAAACCAAGAGCAAAGAUGGGUGGCCCUACACGACUAUCCAACAUCCAAUAAUGAACCACUCAUCGUCACGGUCAGACAGGCCGAAACAUCCAUGUCUGGACAAGAUGCAGGCUGCACCUAUUACCCAUUGCGAUGCUCAAACUGCGGCCAGACACUAGGAAAAAAGUACCUCACCACGACCAACGACUUUGACCUCAUCAGAAACCGCCUCACCAUAAAUCUGGACCACAUCUCCGUCUAUAGGUGUACCCCCCCCAUUCGCACUUCGCUCUCGCCGAACGCGACUCCAUCGACCGACGAACACCGCAUAUCCAGCAUAGAGCUAGACAUAGUGAAACUGAAAGACUUCUGCGUUGUCAUCAAUGAGCGUCUCGAAAAAGUUGAACUGUUCAUGAACGAGCUUCUGCAGCAGAUACUCGAUAUCGCCAACGCGAGAGACUAAAAUCUACUUCUAAAAAAAAAACGACUGGGAACCAGUCUAGAAAGGCCCAGAAGAAGCGUAUGUACAUCAGACAACAAGAAAACCCCUUGAACAAUACUUCCCUAAAAGGCCGAGGCAAUUCAGGCAGAGAGGAGCGAAGUACGUCAACACGUAUCCGGCCACAAUGAUCGCUGCACAACCACUGACGAGCUUCGUGUCCUUGUGCACACUGCUAUCCACGAUCGGGUCGAGUCGACGCUGAGACUGCCACUGCGGAUGGUCGAAAUUAUCUGAAUAAAGCGCGUCAGUUUUUUUUCCUCACCUGUCAAAAAUUGUGUCAUGCGCGCGCGAACCUAAAGGUGCGAAGGAGGGGAUGGAGCACUUCUUGUGAGCAUAUUUCAGGCGGCUCCAGAUCUCACGAGCGGCUGUCCACCGGAAUAGGCAGGCGAACAAGAGAUAAAGCAGUAGUCUUGACAAGCUGUAAAUGGCGAACACUACCACCAAACCUUAGAUAGAAGAGCGGCGUCAGCAUCUGUGGGAGGUCGUGGCCAGCGGAAUGGCCUUCUUUUUGGAUGAACGUACCGACCGCGGUCGUGCUGAGCGAAAGCGCGAACCGGAGAAGCCGCGCGGAGACCGUGCGAGCGAUGAAUUUGGCUAACUCUCCAGUACAAAUUUCACUAGUAAAAAACCGUUGCCAAAAAAAGUUACUGUACCGCCGAACGUGUCUGUUCAUGCCGAGCACGACGCCAUAGGCCAGACAUAGCAGGGCCGCCGAGUUUUUGUGCGACGGGCUGGGACGCACGGAUCUAGGAUGAAUAAGAAGAAUUACUGUAAACACCAGUAGAACGACAAAGGGAGAGUACCAACUCUCCGACAAAAAAGUGCUAAAAGAGCGAUGUGUUUUGAUCCAGACAGAAAAAAAGGUAGCGCCUAUCAAAAGCCCGGCUAUGACGUCCACAUGGGAAUGUGCGCCCAAAUACAUUCUGGACAAAACCAUGCUGAUGAUGUACCAAGUGAUUACGACUACGGCCAAGUACUGAAGUCUGCGCUCGACGAUCGGCUCCCAAAACCAGUACGUGAUAAACAGGGACAUGUUUACGGCGUUGGUCGUGUGUGUAGAGGGUAUGCCAUAAUCUGUAAAGGAAAAAAGUGUCAAAGUCUGAGCAUUGCCAAUCUCGAACACGAGCGCCUCGCGGCCUUGCACGCACCUUCCAAUCUCUUAUGUACCCACAGUGCCGUGGGAGGCGGUCUCGGGAGGGCGAAAAAGUUUUUCAAGAAAUUACCCAGCGUUGUACCUACAAAGACAGGUGAAAAUGUCAGUUUCUCUGGUCGUCAGGUGAAAAUGUCGGUCUCUCUGGUCGCGCGGCGCCCAAAGCGCUAGGUUUUUCGGACGCAACGCGCCUCGUGCGCUUACCGAGCGUCAAAAGUAGCAAGUAGAGACUCCCGAACUCUGGAUCCACCUGCCAAAUCAAAUAUGGCAAAAGACAGUUAUAAAGCGCUCUCUCGCCAAGUAGCGAGUAAACGACAAAAUAGGCGUCUCUCCAUGGGGAUCUCCAUCUCUGCGAGCCCCCCACACGCGGCCAUUUCAAUGUAAAUUAAGUCAGUCGUACGGAAAA